UCCUUUCAGUGCUCCCCUCAUACGAAAGCGGAUUCCUUUCCAUCGGCCAUCUUUAUCUUUAGUGUGUUGCACGCUGCACUUACGUUUGUCUCGCUCGGCACUUUUAACGAUUGAUAUAGACAGCCAGAUCCCUGAAAUAUACCUAUUUCAUCACUUAAAAAGUGGUCAAUCGGACAUCGUCAUUGUUUCAUCUUGAGUUUGGGAUUAGUCAGGAUCAACAUGGAUCAAAAGAUGGACGACUGCUACUUUUACUACUACUCAACCUGCGCUAAAGGAGACGCAUGCCCUUUCCGCCAUGAACCAAACGCUCUUGGCACUGAGUCAGUGUGUCGGUUCUGGAAACAGAACUCUUGCAUCAAACCACAUUGCACCUUCCGACACAUGGAGAUGACAGUGGACCGCAGCAAAAUCGCUUGCUACUGGGAGUCGCAGCCAGGUGGAUGCAGGAAGCCACACUGCCCCUUCUUUCACACUGUGAAGCCGCUCACACCCACCAAUGAUGUCGUAAAGACCAUGUUCCUGCCAGCUCGUGGCAAACAGAUCUCGCCUAAGCACAUCACAUCUAUGCUUGAAAAUUCGCCGCAGCUGACCAUGAGCGCCAGUCUGGACCCGCUGGUGGUCAACUUCGAGGAAGAAUCUGACGAUAGUAUCCCAUCAGUGUCUCCCAGGGUGAGAAAUUCUCCAAAAUGCAAAACAUCGGAGCAGAAACGACUAGACAAAAUUCAGUCUGACGCAGCUGCUUACUAUCAGUAUGAUAACCAGGGAGAGGUUAGCCAAGCGACGGAGGACUGCCGCGAACGACUGAAGAGAAAGUUGGUGCUUACAACAAGCGGGGAAGAUCUCAGGAGCAAAAUGCAAUCACGGCGGGCUGAUGAAGUCGCUGUCUCAAACGUAGAAAAUAUCAAAGUCCUCUCUAUUGCCGAGAUUCGGGAGAAGCGGCGGAGAAAGUUCGAAGAGACGGAGGAAGCGACGCAUCCAUCUGCGUCCCGAGAGCCAAAGAAAAGAAUCACUUUUGAUUGCAAGGAGGCUCCUGAUGUGAGAGUAGAGAUCAUAAACGAUGUACCUGAAGAAGAAUUAGUUGCGAGCAAGAGGAUGAAAAGGCCGCCCUCGCCUGUUGUCUUUGACAUCUCUGAGAAAAAAGACAAGAAAGCGAAAAAGGUUAAGAAGGAGAAAAAGGAAAAGAAAGAGAAGAAAAAGACUGAACGCAAAGUAAAUGUGCUCAAUGUCUCGAACACAAAGCCGAAGAGCGUAUUUGAGAGAGUUGCCUGCCCAAACAAACCCAUUGUGGCUGUUCCUGCGAGGAAGCGAUUAGCUGACGAGACGCCAUCUGUGUUCAAAAGGUUGAAAACUGAGCCUGUGAAGAGUGUAGCGGAACCGAAGACCAAGAAGCCAGAGCGACCCCUCUGGCGGCCGUCGAGGCUUGCCAAGAUGGAGGAAAGCGAACCCGAGCAGAAAGUAGUGAUUGGCCUGAAGCCCAGGUCCAGCAUUGUGGCCAAGCAGACUGAACAAAAGCCAGAGUCAAGCAAGACUGAACCAUCUUCUGCCUUACCUUUGAAGCUGAAGAGACAGCCCAUAACCAUGCAGCGGGAGGAGGAGAAAUUGCCAGAGGCAGAGCAAGAAAAGGAGCCCGUCGCUGUUGUUUUACCCCCAAAGCCUUCAACGACAGACGCGUCCUUUGACAUGUCGCUGGAAGAUGACGAUUUCUGGGGGCCUUCGUCCAAUGCCGAUGACGUCUUUGUCAACGUUUCUGAUGAUAAAAUACUGGAAGAUAUAGACGCUUUGCUACAGGAGUAAAUUGUAGUUGUGAACUCCAUAUUGACGAUUUUAAUGUUGUGCUCGGUUUAUUGGUGGGGAGCAAAGCACCCUUACACUGAUGUGAUUUUACCCAGAUUACUAUAAUGCUGUUGUGGUUUCGCCUGCCUGCUCUUAGGCUUUUCAAAAACGUUAGUGCAAUGAAAUGGUUAACAGGUACACAAAUUUUUACAUUUGUGUUCUCUGUGAAUAAAAUCCUGCAACCUAUUUUACACCAGA